UUCAGAUUUUGUUACUGAAGAUUCAGCCAGAGAACUUGAACUAAUGAUUUUAUCACAUAACUACAAUAUUCUGCACCCAGUGAAGGAAGGAGGGAAAAUAAAAUCCCAAACGGCAAAGGUUACAGGAUCAAAAUCACUUGAAAAUGCUGAAGAGCAUAGACCCAAUGAUGAACUGUUCUCUUUCUUUGCUAACCACCAUUGUUGA